UAUUGUGACGUUAAGACAAGGAAAUGCUGUAAACCAAUAACAAGUCAGAAGAAAACGAUACAGAAGUGUUAAGGUCUGAUCUUCAACAAGAAGUAUCCGAGUUCUUUCGAGGUGUACUUUAAUCACAUAGUGAUGGCGUCCAGCUCCCCCAUGGUGAACGGGGACGUCUCCCGUGGUCCGAGCUCCCACCCCGGCCACAGCCCCACCACAGGCACCCUGGAGGAAACGCUGCAGCAGAUGAACCGCCUCAUCCAGGAGAACCGAGACCUGAAGGAGGCACUGAAGCAGACCAACAUGUCGAUGAAGGAGCGCUUCGAGGGUUUGUCUGUGUGGAGGGAGAAGCAGAGGGAGGAGAAGGAGUUCCUGGAGGAGAGGCUUGAUGAGGCCCGUGGCCGUGUGGAGGCCCUCUCCUCGCACAACCAGGAGCUUAGCAUGAAGGUGGAGGAGCUGGAGGGCGAAGGGAAGGGACAGGCCGAGACAACCAAUCAGAAUGCAGAACUGGAGGCGCUGCAUGCCCAGCUGGUGCGUCUGCAGGCAGAGAAGAGUGACCUGGUGGCCAUGAACUCUGAACUCCAGCUCAAGACAGGUCAGGGGUCAGAGGACGACUCCUUCAUAGAGAUCAGGAUUGCUAGGGAUGAUACUGGAAAGGACCUGUAUCAUAAUGAAAGGGACCCCAGGUAUGACAUGAGUGUAUCCAGGCAGGAGUCUGAGGAGCUGACUGUCAGCCAGCUGCUCCAGUCCCUGAGGAAGGAGACUCAGAGGGUAGAGAGACUACAAAUCGAGCUCCAGGCUACCAGAUCCAGAAUCACAGAGCUGGAGGAGAAAGAAAUUAACACAGAGAGCUCCACACAGACCUCACUACUGCCAGAGGUGGUUUCCCCAGCACUAGCCAACACAGCAUGUGGUACUGAGCCAGAACCAGAGGAGGAGCCCCAACAGAACUCUGGGAAGGAUAAGGCUGCGUCAGAGGUGGAGGAUCUGAAGGAUCAGAUGAUGACCCUGUUUAAUGAGCUACAGCAGGCUCAGAGCAAACUGGAUGAGGCAGAGGGCUUGAAGAUGAACCUGCAGGACAGAUGUAGGGAUGUGGAGCGUGACGUGGUGACUCUGAAAGCCCAGCUGGUAGAGAAGCAGGAGGUACAGAGUGAGAAUGACAGACUGAAGCUGCAGGUGGACAGUAUGAAGGCCCAGAACCAGCUAGAGCAGAGGAAGGCUGGAGAGGAGAGGACUAACCUGACCCAGCUGAAGGAUGCCUACACCAAGCUAUUUGAGGACUACAAUGAGUUGAAGCAAGAGAGCAAGAACAGAGAGCCACUGGUCACUAAGGAGGUGGGAGACCUGCAGACCAGACUGGACGCAGCAGAGAAGGCCCUGGCUGCUAAGCAACAGCAGAUAGAUGUUAUGAAGCAGGAGAUCUUUCAGAAGGAGAAGGAACUGGAGACCAUCUCUGUGUUCCAGGCUCAGGCGGAGGUGUACUCCUCUGACUUCUACGCGGAGCGAGCAGCUCGGGAGAAGAUUCACGAGGAGAAGGAACGUCUGUUUGCUCAGCUGGAGUUUGUCAAGAAACAGAACACUCAGCUACAGGACGAGAUAGAUUCACUGGGCAGGCAAUCUCUGAGCGAUAUGCAGAGAAGACACAUGCCACGUGGAGGCAACAUGCAGGGAGCCAGAGGUGGUGAUGCCAGGGACUGGCAGCAGCAGGGGAAUAUACCGGAGCACGUCUGCCCUAAGUGUAACGAGAUCCUACCAGACCUGGAUAGCCUGCAGAUUCACAUCAUGGACUGCAUCAUCUGAGCCUUCAUGAUAGUCAUCAGCAACAACAAAGACAACUGCCGCAGAUGCACCUAACUCUGAUUCUUCCUCUACUUCAUCAUCAUCAUCCCAUUUAUGGCAGAGUGAAAUGCAGCCUUUAUGCUCUAAAAAGUGCAUUUAUUUUGCAGUUCACGGCUAUGUUGCUCUGGUCUAUGUUUUAGAACAUAUAACUAUAAUAUAAAAUGUAUUCUUACAGUGCACAACUAGACACCAUUUUUUUUGUUAGAGGGGCGAAAAACAUCCUGUAAAAUGUAUCACGUUUAAUAUACUGUUAGGUGAUAAAUGGAGAACUGGAAUUUGUAUUUUUAUUUCGGUAUCUCGUUUAUUUUCUUAUGACAGCUGUCUGUCACAUAGUUUAGAAUGAACUCUUUAGCAAGAAACGACUUGGUUUAUUAAAUGCUUAUUAUGUAUUUUCGGGUGGCUUAAUUUAAUCCAGCUGUAAUUCUGUUUCGAUGAAGGUUAUGAAUAGAUUAUGAUUACAGCAUAGACAUUUCCUUUUGAAAAAUUCAACGGAGGGAAGGAUGCCCAAGACAGUUUUUUUUUUUUGUAAAUGUAUAUUGCACAUACAUUUUAUCCAUCAUCAUGGUUUGUACAUUUAUAAUUAAACCUAUGUAGCCUGCAGGAUGUAUGCCUAUGCAAGGGAGUGUACUGCUUUAGCUAACUACUAACUUCUGUAUCCAGAUGGAUUCACAAAUCCUGUGAUUCUGUAAAAUAAUUAUGAACAUAUGUAAUAAAGGUUAUUGGUACAGUA